AUGACAGCUCCAGCCAUCUUGUGGGUCAACUACGACGCCCAAAAUAUGAAGACAUUGCCACACCGACGCCGCGUCUUCUCACACAUCCAGAACAACUAUCGCAGCUGGGAGCGACAGGAGAGAGCCAGGGCCUUGCGUGCCUCUGCCAAGAUCCCAGGAAGGCCCAAACAGAAGGACGCAUCGUACCGCACUGGCCCGCCUCAUAAUGACGCCUUGGUUGAAGGCAUACCAAGAACCGAGCAGACUACAGACAGCAAUGACGAGGGUAGACGUCUCAUGCUUAUGCAAGCUCGACGACGGGGCCAGGUCUUAUCUCCCAUCAUGAUUCUCAACAAAGGCAACUCCGACCCGUUCGGAGCCGGCGCAAUCCCCAUUACCGGAGAAGAGAACAGCAUCGUGGCUUUCUACCGAGAUAUCCUUGUGCCUGGAGCGUAUCGGCUUGAUCCCAAGUCGAAGAAUAGUCUGGCAAGUGCUCGCGCCAAAGUAGACUGGGGUGUCUGCUCUGCCGGGCUACGGGAUGAAGGCACCGCUCUGGCUUUCAUUGGUAGCAACGCUUACCUCGUCGCAAUAUGUACAGGAUCCGACACUCCUCGGGGACAGUCCCUGAAAAAGAAAUCGUUGAUCUGUCGUACCAAAAGCACCGCUGCUCUGCGGCAGAAACUGGCCCGCCUUUCCAAAAUCGAUGCAUGGACAUGA